UGCAUCGAAUUAGCCGUACAAGGAAAUCAAAGGUAGAACGGUGUAGCACUUUGCGGCGGUCGUUGGAAGGCAGCGGACCUAGGGCCGGACGGCGCCAUGGACUUCACCCGCUGCACGAUCCAGGCCGAGGAGCUGGACGAUGAGGAGUCCAAGAGGAACUGGCAACGCCGGCGCCAGCAGCUGCACGACGCCAUCGCGCUCCGCGACAAGACCCUCGGCGAGGACUACCCGCGCAUCCAGGACUUCUACAAGGGCCGCCAUGUCUUCAUCACGGGCGCCACCGGCUUCAUCGGCAAGGUGGUCGUGGAGAAGCUGCUGCGGGCGUGCCCCGACAUCGGCAACAUCUACGUGCUGCUCAGGCCCAGGAAGGGGCAGGAACCCGCGGCCCGGCUCAAGGCCAUGAUGGACGUGCCGCUGUUCGACCGCCUGCGCCAAGAGAACCCCGCCGCCAUGGACAAGGUGGUGCCGAUCCGGGGCGACUGCCUGCUGGACGGGCUGGGCAUCGGCGCGGACGACAGGAGCACGCUGGUGGAGCGCGUGUCCGUCAUCAUCCACAGCGCGGCCUCCGUGCGCUUCACGGACCCCAUCAAGACGGCCGUCAGGAUGAACCUGCGCUCCACCGUCGACAUCGUGGAGCUGGCGCGCCAGAUGAAGAACCUCAAGGUGGUGGUCCACGUCUCCACGGCCUACUGCUUCACCAACCACACGCCGACGCAGGAGUGCGUCUACACCACGGACCACGACUGGCGGGACGUCUUGAAGUACGCCAAGCUGCCGGACGCCGACGCGCUGGACCUCCUGGGCGACAAGUUCAUGGGCUUCCAGCCCAACUCAUACGUAUUCACCAAGGCGCUGUCGGAGCGCGUCAUGAACGAGGCGGCCCUCGACCUGCCCAUCGUCAUCGUGCGGCCGUCCAUAGUGACGUGUGCCUUGGACGACCCCAUCCCCGGCUGGAUGGACAACCUGAACGGCUUUGCCAUGUUCUGGGCCGUGGCCAGCAAGGGCGUGCUGCGCUACACCUACGUGAGGACCAAGUUCCUCAAGUACGACCUGGUGCCCGUCGAUGUCGUCUCCAACAUCACCAUCCUCGCUUCCUGGGCCAAAGGCACCAACCAGCCCCUGCCCGUGCCGAGCGGGAACGUCGAAGUCGUCAACGUCAGCCUCGGUGACGUGAAGCCCUCCUCCGCCUUCAUGAUGCAGACCGUCUUGAGGAGGCACAUCGUCGAGGGGACCGUCGGGUACCCGGGAGCCAUCCGGUACCCGCGCUACGGAAUGUGCACCAACAGGUUCAUGGCCUUCAUCCUCGUCUUCUUGUACCACGUCGUGUUCGGCACCGUGCUCGACACCAUCCUGGUGGCGAUGGGCCGCAAGCCAAUGCUCAUGCCCAUCUACCGCAAGAUCGCGUUCGCCUUCACGUCGCUGCAGUACUUCAUGCAGCAUGAGUUCUGGUUCAACAGCGACAACAUGUGGCGGCUGGUGUCCAUGGCGCACCCCAAGGACCGGGCCAACUUCGGCAUCAACCUGGAGGGCGACAACCAGGACUGGAUGUUGGUCAGCAAGAGCCAGCUGCUGGGGGUGGCCAAGUACGCCCUCAACGAGAACAUCGGCGGCAAGGAGGACGUGGAGAGGAACUGCCGCCGCCUCAACAGGUUAUGGUGGGCGGAGCUGUUCUGUUACAUCGGGCUGGCGGCGCUGGCCACCUGGCUGCUCGUCGUGGCGUUCACCUGAGCGCCGAACAGCAGUGUCAACAUUCCGUGGCGCAACUAAGUAGAGUGCCUAGUGCCUCCGUCGCCGAUUUGACUCGGACCUGCUUCCGGGCAGAGCGGCAGCAGAGGCAGCAGCGGCGGCAGCGAAAAAAAUAGCAACAUCCGUUUCCGUCAACAAGGGCCCACCGUUAACGUGGCAGUUUUGUAUUUUGUAAUAUGUAAAAAGAGCUGGUUGAAAAAGUUCGUCGAAAGGCCUUGCGCACUCUAAAUGUCUUGCCGUGAAAGGCUGCCAUCACACAUCACGGUGAAGAUUUUCUCCAUAAUUGUACAAUAGAAAUUCAACAAAGAUAAUUAUAA